AUGCCGUCCUACGAAGCACAGGCAGCACUCAUCAAAUACGUGUACGAGUCUCACGGACUGGAUUACGAUUCGACUCAAUAUGUCGAAGCGCAUGGCACUGGUACCAAGGUCGGCGAUCCAAUCGAGAUGAAGGCGAUAUACAACACCAUCGGAAAGGGUUCAUCAAAACCACGGAAGCUUUACGUAGGAAGUGUCAAACCAAAUAUUGGCCAUCUUGAAUCAGCUGCUGGCGUAUCUGGAAUCAUCAAAGGCAUUCUCGCCAUGGAGCAUAAUCUUAUCCCACCGAAUAUCCACUUCACCAAGGGCAACCCCAAUAUUCCUUUCCACGAAUGGAAUGUGGCAGUGCCGUUGAAGCCAACAGCUUGGCCCGUUUCCCAGACCAAGCGCAUGAGUGUCAGUGGCUUCGGGAUGGGCGGCACGAACGGCCAUGCGGUUCUUGAAUCGUUCAACCCCAGUCGCCUGGCAGACGUACCCGUAAAACAUGGCGACUUGACCCGAUUCCAGAAAGCUCGCAACAAGAAACGACUUUUUGUUUUCAGCAGUCACGACCAGGCCGGCUUUAAGCGUAAUGCUGACGCUUUGGUCCACCACAUAGAGAACCUUGGUUCUGCAGCAUCCAGCUCCGAAUUUCUGGCGAAUCUGGCCCAUACACUUUCAGGAGCCAAGUCCAGCCUGUCAUGGCGGGCAACCUGCCUCACGGAGAAUACUACCGAGAUUUGCGAUUACCUAUCCAAUAAACCAGGUGAUGGAGCUUCUCGAGCGACCAGCAUUGGAAACACCACCCCUCGGAUCGGAUUCGUUUUUACGGGCCAAGGUGCUCAAUGGGCUCGUAUGGGUGUAGAGAUGCUCGACCGCCAGGUGUUUAGGGAUUCAAUUGAACAAUCGGCAACUUAUCUCCGAGACAUGGGAUGCCUGUGGGACCCUAUUGCUGAGCUUGAAAAGGCCCAAGCCGAAUCUCGCUUGAGCUACCCAGAGAUCAGCCAACCCAUAUGCUCUGUGCUGCAGAUCGCCCUGGUCGACGAACUCCAGUCAUGGGGGGUUAUUCCCUCCCGAGUGGUCGGCCAUUCCAGUGGCGAAAUCGCCGCAGCAUACAGCAUCGGUGCGCUGAGCCACCGAGAUGCGAUCGCCGCAGCUUAUUUCCGAGGAAUCGCAGCUACUAAGCUUCAAACGGAUGCACCAGACCUCAAAGGCGGGAUGAUGGCUGUCGGCUGUUCGCGAGACGAGGCAGAUGAUGUGAUUGAGCAAUCAAAUCUCAGUGGCACAGCUGUUGUAGCCUGUGUCAACUCACCUUCAAGCGUCACGCUAUCUGGUGAUGUGAACUCCCUCGAGCAACUCCGAGCUAUAUUCGAUGACCGAAAGAUCUUUGCUCGACGCCUGAAGGUUGAGAUGGCGUAUCACAGUCGGCACAUGAAUCGCGUGUUUGGUACCUACUCUGCAUCCAUCGCCGACCUUGAGCCCAUAACGCAGGACGAUACCAAUGAAGAUGGAGACUUCCAGAUUCAGACGAUGAUAUCUAGCGUCACUGGCCAAGAGGUUGCGUCUGAGCUUCUAGGACCAUACUAUUGGGUUCGCAACCUAAUUUCGCCUGUACUUUUCUCGGACGCGGUUAAAGAGCUGGUCAGCCCAACUGACCAUGAUGAAAAUGAUGGUAGUAGCAGCGCUGUAGAUUUGCUGAUCGAGAUUGGCCCACACAGUGCUCUUAGCGGACCUGUAGAGCAAAUACUGAAUCACCAUGGCAUAAGAAAUGUAGGCUACAAGUCAAUGCUCAUCCGAGGACGCAAUGCAGUGGAAACCAGCCUUGAGCUCGCAUCGGAGUUGUACCUCGAUGGUAUUCCUCUCGAUAUCUCCAAGGUAAAUGGAGAUCUGAAAGUUCGUCGAUUAACAGACCUGCCUCCCUAUCAGUGGAACCAUUCGAAGGUCUUUCGCCACGAAAAUCGCAUCCAAAUGGAGCUGAUGACGCGCCAAUUUCCGUCCAGAAGUCUUAUCGGAGCUCAAGUCCCGAUGAUGGACGAGAGCCAGCAUGUCUGGCGCAACUUCCUCAGACUUGCUAACGAACCUUGGCUUCGCGGUCAUAAGAUUGGCAGUACUGUAUUGUUUCCGGCAGCUGGGUUGGUCAGCAUGGCUAUCGAAGCCGCACGGCAACUGGUGGAACCAGGAAAGACGGCUCGAUCGCUCCGUUUUCGCGAAGUGUCCUUCUCAGCCGCUAUGGCACUAUCUGAAGAUGUCGCCACCGAGGUGAUUUUGCACAUGCGGCCACAUCUUAUCGCUACUUCUGGAUCCACCCCCUCUUCGUGGUGGGAGUUGACUAUCUCCUCAUGCGUUGGCACUAGCCAGUUGCGCGACAAUUGUCGAGGUCUAGUCACUAUAGACUAUGCGGAUACCACCAGUGAGCAGAUGGCUAAGGAGAACGUCAAUUUUGAGAACUUUAUGAUCUCAGAAUACUACCGAGUCCACAACGAGUGCCCGGACACCUGUUCCAAAGAAGAUUUCUACGGACAGUUCGAAAAGAUCACUUGGAAAUACGGCGAGGCUUUUCAAGGCGUUGAAAAUGUCUAUCCCGGUGACGGCGAGUCAACCUACGACGUUAGGCUAGUGGACAUAGGGGAGACAUUUAGUAAAGGUCAGAGUGACCGCCCAUUCCUCAUUCACGCAGGCACGCUCGAUUCUAUCCUGCAAGGUUGCCUCGGUAGUACGUACAAGAAUGGGAGGUUCGAGACGAGCAAGCCAGUCUUACCUACGUUCAUCGGCGAGAUGGAGAUCUCCCUGGAUAUACCUGGAGAUAUGGGAUAUGUUAUGCCGGGACUUUGUGAAUCCAAAAGGCAUGGCUUCAAAGAGCUAUCGUCGAACAUCAACAUAUUCGACACUGGUCUUUCAAAAGUCAUUCUAUCUGUUGUCGACUACCGAGUUUCGGAGCUAGAGAAUGACACGGAAGCCCAGGACAUCCAGCAGCUUGAAGUAGAUCCCGCGGAGAUCACAUCUCUAGUGCUUUUGCACAUUCAUAACAAUCCUUCAGCGACUGUGAUCGAGCUGACUCGAGACCUUGAGCCAACAAACCAUACAGUCAUGUCACAGCUACCUAGCGGAACCGUCCAGUCGAGCCAGCUACAUUACGCCGCUAUAAGCGUUGAGACUCCGCUUGAGGGCAGUACUGCCAAUGGACUUUCGAGUGUGAAUUCAUUCUAUUUAGGGGGAUCAGAUGAUCUCUCACCUAGGGGUGUCACUGCAGCUGAUCUCCUGAUCGUUCCCCAGGCCGUUAGUGACUGCGAAAACAUAGAAAACCUCUUGGAUCGUUUGGUCACUCUUGGAAAACCCGAUGCUGCAUUAAUACUGGAGUCACAGAAGAGUUUUGAUCAGCUUACUUCAAUUUUGAAGACCAAGGGGUUCCAAUGUGUCCUGGACGUUCAACAUUCGAUCGCGCUGUUCAAGAGGCAGAUUUCGCAGCCCACCAAUGGCUUGACCAACUGCACCUCAGCCACAUGCGACUUUACUAUAGUCGACUCAUUGGCGCCUACCGAAGACAUCAACACCUUUUCUCAUAAUUUGCGAACUACCCUUGCGAACCAAGGCUAUACCGUGUGCGUUGCUACUUGGACGGAGAUAAGUGCUUGUACCGAGACAGAGCUCGAAGGCAAAACUCUUAUCUCACUGAUGGAGCUCAACAAGCCGAUGCUAUCUUCUCUCUCAGAGUCCGACUUUCAUAACUUUCGCAAGUUAGUGCUGAGCAGCGAGCGCCUGUUGUGGGUCAACGCUGGUGAUGAUCCAUCUAUGGGCGUGAUUGAUGGCAUUCGAAGAACCAUGAGGAGUGAAGUAGCGGGCAUCAAGUUCCAGGUCUUGCGCCUGAGUAGCUUGAAAACGGCUUUACAAUGCGGUCCAUCGCUCGUUAGUCGUAUUCUCACAACCGAAAGUCAAGACGAUGAAUAUCGGGAACGCAAUGGUAUGCUUGAGGUUGCUCGUAUCUACAACAGUCCCGAAAUCAAUGCGGACGUCCGCCACUGUCUCACAGAUUCCGUCCGUGUGCAACGGUUGGCAGACCAGGUCAAACCACUGAGACUUACGAUAGGUAAGCCUGGUCUUCUGGACACACUGACAUUCAUCGAGAACGACCGUAUGAAGACUGCGCUGGGGGAAAUGGAGAUCCAAGUGGAUAUCAAAGCGACCGGCAUCAACUUCAAGGAUAUCAUGGCAGCCAUGGGACUAGUCGGCGUUUCUCUGAUUGGCCAAGAAGCCAGCGGUAUCGUCACUGCAACUGGGAGCGCUGCAGCCUCACGCUUUAAGCCUGGGGAUCGAGUGACACUUCUCUGGGAAGGCAUGCAUACGACUAAGCUCCAGCUAGAUCAUCGCCUCGCCGUACAUAUUCCUGAUUCCAUGUCUUUCGAAGAAGCCGCUGCGUUGCCCAUGGUACACGUCACUGCUUACCACGCCCUCAUGAACAUCGCCAAAUUGCGCCGUGGCCAAUCCAUCCUCGUCCACGCUGCUGCUGGUGGAGUUGGCCAAGCUGCACUACAACUGGCUGCCUACCUGGGAUUGACGGUUUAUGCGACCGUUGGAAGUGACGACAAGCGCAGCCUAUUGAUGACGAAGUACAACAUACCCGACGCGCAUAUCUUCUGUUCACGCGAUGCCAGUUUCUUAAAGGCCAUCAAGCGUGUCACUGGCGGCCGCGGCGUCGAUUGCGUGCUCAAUUCUCUUUCCGGGGAACUGCUUCGUGUUUCCUGGGCAUGCCUUGCGCCCUUCGGCACGUUUGUCGAGAUUGGACUGCGCGAUAUCACAAAUAACAUGCGUCUUGACAUGCGUCUAUUCAGCCAGAGCACAACCUUUGCCUUUAUCAACAUUGCCAAUUUCUUCUGCGCUGAGGGCCUCGACGCGUUGGGCAACAUCCUUUCAGACACCUUCGACCUUGUCCAUCGAGGUGUUCUGCGCUCACCCUACCCCUUGACCGUAUACCCUGUUUCGGAGUUGGGAACUGCUUUCCGCACUAUGCAACAGGGUAAACAUCGUGGUAAGCUUGUGCUCUCAUUCGAAGGGGAUGCUCAGGCACCAGUGCUCUGUAAGGCUAAGGACGCACUUCGUCUCAAACCCGAUGCCACGUACCUCUUCGUUGGUGGACUGGGCGGUCUUGGUCGUAGUCUGGCGCAGGAGUUCAUAGCCUGUGGAGCACGCCAUAUUGCAUUCGUUUCGCGGUCUGGCGAUACCAGUAAGAAGGCCAAAGCUACAGUAGACCAUCUCACUGCGCUCGGUGCCGUAGUCAAGGCUUAUCAAGCAGACAUUGCAAACGAGGAUGCUUUCCUCUCUGCCAUGCAGCAGUGUGUUGCCGAUCUUCCACCCAUCGCGGGUGUGCUUCAAAUGGCCAUGCUAUUGCGCGAUACGCUCUUCGAGAAGAUGUCAUACGAGGACUGGACCGGGCCCACGCGGCCUAAGAUCCAAGGAACGCUAUCUCUACACCGCUACUUCUCUGCCACCCGCCCACUCGACUUUUUCCUCAUUUGCUCUUCUAUCUCCGGAAUUUUCGGCUAUGCAGGACAGACCGCCUACGCUGCUGCGAAUACAUUCCAAGAUGCACUUGCACAACAUCGCCGCAAUCAGGGUCUGAAGGCCGUUGCAAUUGAUCUAGGUAUCAUGCGCGAUGUCGGGAUCCUGGCCGAGCAGGGUACCACGGGCAAACUCGCUCUUUGGGAAGCAGUUCUCGGCAUUCGAGAGAAGCCUUUUCACGCCCUAAUGAAGAGCAUCAUCAAUCGUGAGUGCAAGGGAGAGGCAUGUCCAGCUCAGAUAUGUACCGGCCUCGGGACCGCAGAUGUAAUGAAGAAGUUCGGCUUGGAACGCCCAGAACAUUUUGCCGACCCGCGAUUCGGUCCGCUCAAUGUAUUGAGCAUUGAUGCAACUUCGUCCCUCAACGCAGAUGGUUCCGCUGUUGUAUCAUCGCCUUCUACACGUCUCGCUUCUGCGUCCACUUUCCAAGAGGCUGUGUCUAUCAUCACGGACGCGCUAGUCCACAAGACAGCGGAAAUCUUGCUUAUGCCUGUUUCCGAAGUCGACCCGAGCCGACCCAUGUACCGUUAUGGAGUUGAUUCGUUGGUGGCUCUGGAGGUGCGGAAUUGGAUUACGAGAGAGCUGCAGGCAAACAUGGCGCUGCUGGAGAUUCUGGCCGCAGUGCCUAUGGGCGAGUUUGCAGAAAAGAUCGCGGAGAAGAGCAAGUUGGUGACAACGGGAAAUGGGGAGAGAUAA